AUGAGCCUAGACCUUGAGCUGAACCUUUCACCUUCAAGAAUCACCACAAAGAUAGACGGAUCAUCAAAUCACAACCAGACCGUGUCAUCAUCAAACUUAACAAACCCGACCACAACCGGGACGGGACUAAACCGAUCACUGCCUUGGCUUGCGUUUGAAGGUGGUGAUGAUGAUGAUGAUGUUGAUCACACGGAGCAAGAGAUGCUUAUCUCUCCUGCGACAUAA